AUGAAAAAACAAUUCAAUCUUGUAUUACAAACCAUUCCCGAUCGUCAUGAAAGAUUACAAGAUUUUCAUUACACUUUUUCAAACAUGCCUGAAAAACCUAAUGAUGAAUUGUUUGAACAAGAUCCAUCUCAAUACAUCCAGGCAUUGGAAUUGUUGAGCAAUGAGAAGCCUGGUUUGUUUGUCAAUGAUAUGGAUGGAGGAAAAUUUCAUUUUGUGUCACAUGUUCACAACGAUGCACUCUCGAAAAUGGUCACGAAGUUUGUACAGGAGGAAUUAUUGAAAAACAGAUGUAAAUUGGACGAGAUUUGGUUGCCUUUAGACUUUAAUCUUCCAAAAGAACAAAUGGUUAACAUUUUCAUGAGUAAGGAUGCUCUCACAAAUCCAAACAAGCUGUUGAUAUUGAUUCAAGGAUCUGGAGGUGUUCGAGCAGGUCAAUGGUCACGUAGUUUGUGUUAUGGAGUGAUUGUUCUCAAUCCAAAUCAAAAUACAUACAUUCCUUCACAACUGAAUGAUCAUCUCCAAUACAAAAAGGAAGAUUUUCUUUCAAGAAACAAGUCCUCCUUAAAGAAAGAUAUCGAAAAACCCAUUCCUCAUCAUGAAUCUCCAUCAGAUCAUGCAACGUAUGUUUGGGAUCAUUUCAUUCAAAAAGCAGCAGCAAAAGACAUGGUCAUUGUCGCUCAUUCAGCUGGUGGUUGGUGUACGAUGGAAUUAUUGAAAAACCGUACUCGAGAAACACUUUCCAAAGUGAGAGCUGUUGCAUUUACAGAUUCAUGGAUCAAUUUGUCAUUGGAUCCAAGUCAUGAACAAGUGCGUGAGUUCAUUGUGGAAAAUGCUGUGAAUUGGGUAGAAAGUGAAAAACCAUGUAAUGAUGUGUUGUGUCUACCGAAACGAGAACAAGGAGCAACAACGUGUGAAUGUCGAAGUGCAGGACAUUUGAAACAUGAAUAUACCUCUGAGUGUUGCAGAGAAGCAGUUUUUGAAUUCCUUCAAACAAAACUUCAACACUUGUAA